AUGGCCGCGGCCCCGGCCGGCGUUGAGGGGCCCGGAGGCGCUGGCCGGGAAUCCACGGGGUGCUCGCCUCUUCCCGGGGCUGCUGCGGGCGCUGAGGGCUUCUCCAGCCUACCCGCCCAGGGACGUCUCCUGUCCCGGCUUUACCCGCCUCCGCCGGGCCCUUACCCAGCGCGCUGCCGCCCCCAGAGCAGCGGUGCCCGCCUGGGCUGUGCCCGCCGUGAGGGAGCCGCCGGGGGCACCUCAGCAGCGGGGCCAGACCCGGCCGAGGAGCUGCGCUGGGCCGUGGGGCGUCCCGGCCGGGACAGCCGCGGGGAGAGCGCUGCCCCGCCGGGGCGCUUCUGCCGGGGCGCGGCGGGGCCGGGCUGGUACCGCUUCUCCGAGCGCCCCAUCGCCUCGGCCCCUUUCUCUCCGCAGAGCGCCGGCCGGCCGUGCCCGGAGCCGGACUUCGCCGGGGGCUCGGGCUGCGCCUGCCCCUGGUCCGCCCCCGCCGGGGUUUCCAAGGAGACCUGGGCCGCCGUCUGCGCCGCGGAGCCGCCGCACAGCCAGGGCCGGCGGGACGCUCGGCCGCCGCCGGGCCGGUUCUGCAGCCCGCAGCUCGGUGCCCAGGACGCGGCGUGGCAGGGAGACCAGCUGUCCUCCCAGCUCUACAGAAACAAGCAGCUUCAAGAUACUUUGCUUCAGAAGGAAGAGGAACUUGCUAGGUUACAUGAAGAAAAUAAUAACCUCCGACAAUACCUGAAUUCUGCCCUGAUUAAGUGUUUAGAAGAAAAAGCCAAGAAAUUACUGUCUGGCCAUGGGCAAAAAACCUGCGCUAUCCUCAAAAGUACCAAGAGGAGAUUAAAAGAGGACCACUGCUUUGUUCCUCAAGAAACUCCUCAUGCUUCCAAAGCUAGAAGGAACCUCUUCAAUGAAUUCACUGCCUGUGAAGAGCAAGCCAGCCCUGCUGUGGACAGUUGGGUCUUGCAGACCUUGGGAUUAAAAGAUGUGAACACCAUUGAUGAAGCUUCAGCUAACUACAGUGCCCUGUCCCCAGACCUUGGAAAAGACACGUACUGCCUGAGCCCUGGGGGAGCAGCAGACUGUGAGCAGAGGGAAGGAGCAGCAGCAGUGUUUGGCUGCAGCCAUGUUCCUCCAGGCAGCAGCACUACUCAUCCAUGCAGCGAGGAUUCUCUCUUCCUUCCUCAAUUUUCUUCAGCACCAUGCAUCUCCUCACCAGUGCCAAGUGUUUCCUCCCUCCCAGCCUAUGGGUUGCCUUAUUUGACUGGUGGUUUGUCACCCAACAAAACAGAAGUGGCCUUCACAACGUCCCUGAGUCCCCACCGCAACGUGAGAACACACAGCUUCCACCAAGGACAGGCCUUUGUGCGCAGGGACGACGAUGGGGGGUGGAGAUUCACCUGGGUGCCCAAGCAGGCUGAAUGAUGCACCUGAUCAAGGGUCAGCCAUAGAGGAUGUAGGAGUCACACUUCACCUUGGGCAUCAGACCGGUUCAGGCAGAAAAAAGGACGGACCCCUUUUGGGCUUCUUUAAAUGCUACUCUGUCACUAACCCACUCCUCAUUCCCUCACAGAUUUUCACAGAUGUGACUCCAGAUUGCACUUGGACAAUUUUCUGCCCCACAUGUUCAAACUGGAUUUCUUUCUCUUGUGGCUGUGUUGAGAUACCUGCUUUUACUUGUUUCCUGAGGUUUUGUCAUCAGCUCUUCCUUGUUACUGGUAAUUUCCAGGCUGGAGGGCUUUCACCUUUAAUGGUCACCUUCACAUGCACCAAACUGAAAAGCACUUUGGGAAUACACCUCUCUCGCUUUGGAAAUAGCACCUGUCUCACAGAUAUCCACAGAUAACAAAGGAGGCAUAUGUUGGAGGCUGAGGAUCAGCAGUUUCUCAGUGAUUUAUGUCUCUCUUGACUCACAGAUAGCCUUGGAUUUAACAAGCAUCCAUGGUUGCCUUAGGUGCUGCACAAAACUGACCUACCUGCAGUUCUAUUGUGCUGUCACAUUCUUUGAUGAUGCCUCAAAAUAAAAACAGGAUUUGCUUCUAAUGCCUGGAGGCUGCUUAGUUACAAGAGAUUCAGCAAGGGCAGGGGAUCUUCCUAAGGUGUGAUUAAGAGACUGAUGUGUUUACUAAUACAUUUUAAAGGUAUUUUGUCUAUGAAUAAAGGGAGUUUACAUGUGGAGAGGCAGUAGCACUUAGUGGUUGGAGCGGAUCUUUGGGAACCCCAGCCUUCAAUGCCAGUUCCUGCCUCUCUGUGUCUGCCAGACUGGGAUGGGCUGAGGGUAAGACCAGCAUUACUUUGAGAAUGCUUUAAAACUCUUUGAGAAGGUGCUCUAGCACUGCACAGGACUUACCUUUCACUAGUGCUACUAAAUGACAUGAAUGAUUUGAUGAUAUGAAGUCAAUGGACAUGAAGUAAGUUCACCAGUACUGUUUUUUGUUACCUUUGUCUUCAGUUCUACAGUAGUUUGAUGCCUGAGUAUUCAAAAUAGAUUGGCUUGGUUAUUCUUGCUUUCAGAAUGGGGCCACUGACAUUGAGGAAGGACUGAAGUAAAAAUAACCAAAAUCUAGAUUUUUUUUUUUUUAAGUGGCUUAUUUUCAUAUAGAAAACAGAAUAUUCCUCUAUUUUUAGAGGAUAAAAAUAUCUUCUAACAGCCUGUUGUGCCUUAGAAUUGCAACAUUUGAGACACUCCAUCAGGAGCAGUAAUGAUUUCCCAAAGGACUUCUAAAUAAACAAACUGUAUUUCUGGGUAGUUACUUUAAAAUGACUGUGGCAGACUUCCAGAAUAGGCAAUAUGAAAGCACUGAUUGUUGGCAUUAUUUCACUGGAUUAAAAAGUCAACUAAACUAAAAAAACACCACAAACCCACACAACAACCACUGCAGAAGAAAACCAUAACAAAAACCCAGUAAAACCCAAAAAACCCAAACCAAAAAAUGCUCAUGGAAUAAAUACAGGUAUUUGUUUGGGGAGUUUGCUGUAGUCCAUAAAAUUGUGGUAGAUUGAUGGAGACUGAUCAGAUAAGACCACUGUUUCUGUAGCACUUUUCUGCUUUUCAGUGAAAGCUGAAAAAAAAUAAUCCUGUCCUACAAACAACUCAUUUUUUUCUCAAUGCAUUUCUUUCCUAUUAUUCUCCCCUUGCCCCACUAUAUAAGAGAGCAUUGAAGAAAAUACUCCUAUCACUGGAGUUUUGUUGAUGAGCGUGGUAGUGUAGAAAAUGCCUGAACUUCACCUGAGUAUGUGAUGGGAGCCCCUGGUAGAGGUGGUGUGGAGGAUGCACACAAACUGGGAAUAAGGCAGUGUGGCCAGAGGACUACACCCAACACAGCUGUAGAUGCCACAUCUCUCAAAGCAGCUGUAAAACAGAAGUAGAGAAACAUCUCUGUUUUCUAACACUAGAGAAUGCUAUUAGAUGUGAAUUUCAAUGCUAUGGAGUCAGCAGCACUAAUAAGUGCUUUUAUACUACCAAUAAAUCUUAAAUCAGGGCUUUUUUCUCUGAAGAGGGAGAAAAGCUUUCCAUUUGCCUGACAUUUCCUUUCCACAUUUUUAUAUCACUGCAUGUAAGAACUUCUCCUGCAGAGAGCCAGAACAAAAGUGUCAGCUCUUUGGUACAAUCCUGAAGUAGGGUUCCAGUAGGAACAAACUGAUGCUUGAGCCUUUGCCAGCCUUUUGUACAGGGGUGACUGACCCUUUGUCUCAUAAGAAAUAAAUUAUGAACGUGAGGAAAUAAUUUACCUGAAUGAAUCCUCUUCUUUUCCAGUGGGGAAAGAGAUUCAAAGCCACUCUGCUCCUCAUGGAAUGUCCGAGGUAAAGCCCAGGGAAGCCCAUGACAUAUUCCUGUGCCCCAGAGGUAGCUAGAGAUCAAUGGCAAUGAAAGCAAAAAGUGGAAACAAAAUCCAGUUAUUCACACUGCCAUUACAACUAGGUAGCCAGGAGAUAGCAGAGACAAGUUUCAGCUUGGUACUGUAUUUUUAAUUUCAAAAAACAGGCAGCUGGAAACAAGGGCCAGAAGGCAAAAGUUCUAGGUUCUGAUGCUGCCUCUGGUAUUACAGCUGGUUUCUAUGCUUUGGAUUCUAUGGAAUUCACCACUGGACCAGUUCAUAGCUAUUUAACAAGAAAACACAACACUUGCUGCUGCAAACUCCAAGAAGUUCCCUCUUGCCAAGGAUCAGUACCAGGCCCAUAAAACUCCAGGAUGGGGAACUAUGACUUGAACAGCCAUAGGGCCCUGGGUGGUUCUUUGAGCAGUAGUGAACUUCCUGGUCUGUAAACAUUCAUUUUGUAUUAACAUAAUCUGUUUUAUUUUUUUAUUUGAAGUUUGUUUUAUUAUGUGAAUGUAAUGUGCAGCUGCAUAGUUUAAAAUAAUGCUUCUAGAAAGGUACACUAAAAGAAAUGGAAGUUAGUUUAACAAUUAAUAUGGUGAUGUUCCUGAUUUUUGUGAUUUAAAAGGCCAUGAUUAUAUGUAAAUGUCAAUUUUACUACUGUCACUAAGUUAUGUCUAAUAAAACUUAACAUCCAA